GACACUGUCACUACAGCAGUCCGCCAUUAAAAGUGUGGCGGAAAUCAAAGGCUGGUCCGAUUUACUCAAUAUUUAAGCAUUCUUUAUUUGUGGCUUUUGUCAAAAAUGUAAUACAUUAUCGUGCAGGAAAUUAUUACAAGUGUGGGUUAUGGUUUUCCGUCGCAAACGUCCUAAACAGUCGGGCUAGUUUGGCCUCAUAUGCAGCAUAUUCGGCCAGCAUAAUUAGCCGCCAACCAGUGAAGAUCGUGAUUUCCUCUUUACUCAUCAACCGCCAACACUCGUGGGAAUAAUCAAAGAUUUUCCACAUGUUUUUGCUUAGCGCGCUCUGACGUCCCACACUCAACAUGUCCGCCGGGAAGGUCCACAUUUGCUCAGCAGGAAUGCGGUAGGCGGGGCUGCUAGGCUAGUGUAAAACUUUGGGAAUGACAGGAGUGCUGCAGGAUUCGCAAAGAAGGGGGAAGUGUCGCCCUUGUUGGUCCUGUUUGGAUUACUUUGACUUCUUUUUACGCGCAGCCUUUGGAUUCAACAGCUUCCUUCAGAUAGCACGGCCCGAGCAGACUCCUCAGCCAUGUCGGAGGACCCGUGCUCCCAACCCUGGUCCAUCAACAAAGAUGAUUAUGAGCUACACGAGGUGAUUGGGAGUGGGGCCACAGCAGUGGUUCAAGCAGCCUACUGUUUACCACGCAAGGAGAAGGUGGCCAUCAAACGCAUCAACCUAGAGAAGUGCCAGACUAGUAUGGAUGAACUGCUGAAAGAGAUUCAGGCCAUGAGUCAGUGCCACCACCCCAACAUUGUGUCUUACUACACCUCCUUUGUGGUAAAGGACGAGCUGUGGCUGGUCAUGAAGCUGCUCAGUGGUGGCUCUGUGCUGGACGUGAUCAAGCAUAUCAUCUCGCGAGGCGAACACAAGACAGGCGUCCUGGACGAGCCCAGCAUAGCCACUGUGUUGAAAGAUGUGCUCGAGGGCCUUGAGUACUUACACAAGAACGGACAGAUCCACAGAGAUCUCAAGGCUGGAAACAUUCUCCUCGGGGAUGACGGCUCAGUGCAAAUUGCAGACUUCGGCGUCAGUGCCUUUCUCGCCACAGGUGGUGACAUCACUCGAAAUAAAGUGCGCAAGACGUUCGUGGGAACGCCAUGCUGGAUGGCCCCGGAGGUCAUGGAGCAGGUGAGGGGUUACGAUUUCAAAGCAGAUAUUUGGAGUUUUGGGAUCACAGCCAUUGAGCUCGCCACAGGGGCCGCACCUUAUCACAAAUACCCGCCAAUGAAGGUCUUGAUGCUGACGCUGCAGAACGACCCCCCUGCCCUGGAGACAGGCAUCACAGACAAGGAGAUGGUUAAGAAAUAUGGCAAAUCCUUCAGGAAGAUGAUCUCCCUGUGUCUACAGAAGGACCCGGAGAAAAGGCCAACCUCUUCAGAGUUGUUGAAGCAUAAAUUCUUUCAGAAAGCAAAGACCCACGAGUAUUUACAUGAGAAGUUACUUCAGAGGGCGCCCACAAUAACAGAGAGGUCGAAAAGGGUACGUCGAGUGCCGGGUUCCAGCGGUCGGCUGCAUAAAACGGAGGACGGUGAAUGGGAAUGGAGCGACGACGAGCUGGACGAAGAAAGCGAAGAGGGCAAAGCAGCGGUCGCCGCCUUGAGGUCGCCCAGAGUGAAGGAGGGAUCGCAGAACUCAGAGCAGGUUUUCCAGACUCCUGAGCCUUUACUCCAGCCCGUGGCUGCAGGUCAGGCUGAACUACCUCAGGCUGCAGGUCUGGUCCCGCUGCAGCCCACACCAGUCAACACUCAAUCCACCGCAGCCCAGGCUACGUCCCCCACACCGGGCGUACCCGCUGCUUCUGCUGUUCUCACACAGGCUCUAGCUGUCUCAGGAGAUGUCAAGGCUCCCAUUAGUUUGGUAUUAAGGUUAAGAAAUUCAAAGAAGGAGCUAAACGACAUCCGUUUUGAAUUUAUGCCAGGGAGAGACACAGCAGACGGAGUGUCCCAGGAGCUUGUGUCAGCAGGCCUGGUGGACGGGAGGGACUUAGUAAUAGUUGCUGCAAAUUUGCAGAAAAUAGUAGACGAGCCUCAAGCCAAUAAAAAUGUCACUUUCAAACUGGCUUCUGGAAUUGAGGGAUCUGAAAUACCAGACGACGUCAAGUUGAUGGGCUUUGCUCAGCUCAGCAUUAGUUAAACUGUUGUUCUACCUGGGACCGUGACUUGCCUAAAAAAUGUGAAAAUUAAAAAAAAACAAAAAAAACAAAAAAAAAAAUAGUUUAAUGCAUUUUUUUUCUUUUCCUUUCUAUGGCUGUAAAGAAACCACUACUGCCAAAGAAAACAGUACCGUUUUGUCACCCAUAGGAUUAAACGAAGACGCCUCUCGUUGAAUUGGGUGGUUCGGCUGAAGUAUCAGAGCGUACGGGAUAAGAAUCACUCAAAACAGAAAAAAAAAGUUUACAGCAUAUAUGUAGAAGGAUGCAAGUAUCUACAACAAACAGUUUUCAUUUCUCAUUCCGGUCUCCCUCAUUCUGUUAUUCUGUUAUUUCUCUCUAAUAUGUGAUGCAUUUGCACAAUCUGAACUAACUCCCUUGAAUCCUGAUAAGUGUAACAAUGCCUUAUAUUCAUCAGAACUACUGAAUGCACGUUUUUGGGGAAGUCCCCCCUGUUACCAUAUGGAGCAUUAUGUUGUCUGAAAUGCACAAAUGUGGUUUCAGUUGCCUGUUUGAGACUUUUUUUUAACUUAGUUUUCAGAGGAUGUAUGAAAUAUUUUCUCCCCAUCAAACCUUGACACGACAAAUUUUUAGGAUGCGAACACUCCCAACAUCAAUGAUCUUUAUUAUCGUCAACAAAUCGCCAUGAAAAGACCAAAACGAGCACUACUUUCUGUCACCCCUUCACUGUCUGUGGCGCUCAGUCUUGGGCCCGUUCGUUCACACUGGAGGCGCAAAUCUUAAGAAAUGAAUAACAAAUAUUUAGAUUCUUUCUUUCCGUGUUAUCCUUUUUUAGAGGUGCAACACGUAAGAAUUGGCCACCUGUCAAAUCCAUACCCCAAAACAAAUGCAUAUCACCAGAGUAACUGCUAAUUAGUGCUAACUGUAGCAGCCUUUAGCUUGUUAGCUCAGUGAGCCGUGCAGCUAGCGAUUUGGACUUAAGAGCAAGAGGACCAGGGGAACAAAAGACCUUUCUGCUGGCACCGUUUAAGGGCUAGCUGGUUAGCAUGCUGACUUCAGUAAAUGUCUCUACAACACAAUACAUGAAUAUAAUGUCAGAGCUGUCAUUUGUUCACAUUCUCUCAUUGAUUUUGGGUACUUUUUAAAAAAAAAAUCACAUAUUGCCGCUCUAAGCAUUGACACAACCAGCAUUAUAAGGAAGGAAACAGAUAAGCGUGAGCCGAUUUAAUCAACUAGUUUUUUAAAUGACUACACUUCAGUGUGCGAGAUGAUACUCACUCUCCCUUCAUUCUUGCCUUUGAGUUGCCACGGUGUAAAAAAAGAAAACUGAUGUAGCAUGAAAUCAGAGGGUUAAUAGUACCGAUACGUUGGAAUUUGUCAAAGUAAGAAAGUUUGACAAGCGGCUGAAACCACAUGUGAUGUAUGAGCAGAUGCGUCUGUCUGUGGGUAUUUAGUUUUGUGUCUGUUUGGAAUGUUUUGAAUCAGUUUCUCAAAUACUUAAAGGAUACAAAAAAAAAGAAGACUUAAGUGCAUUUUUUUUUGUUAUGUGGAUGAAACAUAAGUACUUGAUUUAACCUCUAGUAUGUAAAUAAUGACAUUUGGCUUUUGAUUUGUUUUUAUACUGGGUGUUUCACUCUUGGCCUUUUUUUUUUCUGUCCUAUGACAGGAUUGUGAGUUGUAGCGCUGCGUGAAGGAAGACAACGACACUGCAAAUUUAGCUUUUGAAUUCUCUCAUUCUGCAGGACAUACUGUGUGACUGUAUGUCGUGUAUGACGCUCAUUUACCUUGACUCAUUGCGCUUUUCUCUCUUCUGUUUUGCCUUCAUGAAUUUAGAAUAUAUUUUACUAGGGAGUCACAGCAGCCCUGACACCUGUCCACCUUAAAUCUCAUUUGAUUCAAUUUGUCUCCAACUCUUUAAAAAAUAAAAAAUAAAAAUGCAUCUUGGAGGCCGUUUACAGCACUUACUUUAAGCAACAACUGAAGUCAUACAGCUGCUUUAUAACAUCUUUUUUUUUUAAACGGCUAUGAUGAAGAUUUUUUUUUUUUUACAUCCUUUUGGAAACAGCCAGCGAUGAUUGUAGACAUUUUUGGAACGAUUAGAAAUGUGAUUUUGGAUUUCGAUGUCUCAUCCUUUUCGAACACACUCUGGAUGUUUUUAUACUGAAUGUGCGUCUGGCAGACGACGAGGCAGCGGCUAAUGUGUGUAGAUCUGGAAAAAAAACGCCAGCAAAGGUUUUACUGUUUAAUUUGGUGACGUGAUAAUGUCCUAAGAUGCCAUAUUGAAUGAAAAAAAAGAAUGAACUUUUUUUUUGCUUGCGGAUAAAAUGUAACGAGGAAAUCUUUGUAUUUUGACUUUAAAACAUGUUGAAUUUUACGCUAGCCUUAAAUUGAAAACGACCAAGUGUAUUUUCUUUUUUUUCUGACAUAAGGUUUUGAUUCAGAUUUUCAGUGUCUUUUGAAAUGUAGUUCUUGUUACACGUGAAGACGCGUGAAAUAAAGAUAUACAGGUGUGUCGA